AUUCUCCUUCGAGAAUGCUGCUAAUGGACCAUACCCACCCAACUAGCCAAAUACUAAAGUUUGCGGGGAUAAAAGCCGAAAUGCGGAGAGAUGCACUGCACUGCACGGCGACCCAUGGAUGGAAUUAACUUGACUGCUGCAUCCAGCCGAGGAACCACAUUCCUCUGGUGCAGUACGGAUGCAGACGAAGUAGAGGGGAACUCCAAUAGCGAUUCCGGCAUUCCACAUGCGCUGCAUUCCGCUUCUACCUUGCUUCGUAUAACUACACUAGAUCUAUCCUGACAGUACUACUUUAUUUUAUCUUCUUCAACUUUACACCUCUAUUUCCAUCAUCAACCUAUUCCUUCAUACAUACCUAAUAUACUAAACAAACAACCAAAAUGCCCCCCUUCCCCCAACCCCCGACCCCCUCCAUCGACUGGACCAACAUCGGCUUCAAAGUGCGCGACGUAAACUACCACAUCGAAUCCACCUACGACUCCCAAACCCAAACCUGGUCACCCCCCCAACUAAUCAAAUCCCCCUACCUCUCGAUCCACGGACUCUCCCCAGCCCUAAACUACGGCCAACAAGCCUACGAAGGCCUAAAAGCCUUCCGCCAUGCCAGCACCAACAAUAAAAUAACCAUCUUCCGCCCAACCCUCAACGCCUCCCGCCUCUCCCACUCCUCCACCCUCCUCUCGAUCCCCCGCAUCCCCAGCCCCAUCUUCCUCUCCGCCGUGAACCUCGCGGUAGCCACCAACGCCGAAUACGUACCCCCCUACACCAACCCGGCCCUCACAGGAGGUGGCCUCUCAGCGCUCUACAUCCGACCAUUGGUGUUCGGCUCAUCACCCCAAAUCUCCCUCACGCCACCAGAAACAUUCACCUUCGCCGUGUACGUCACACCCACAGGCCUAUACCAUGGGAUUUCCGCCGUGGACGCGCUCAUCCUGGAGGACUACGAUCGCACGGCGCCAAAGGGCACAGGGAGCGCUAAAGCGGGGGGCAACUAUGCGCCCGUCCAGAGACAUAGUAUGGCGGCGUAUAAGGAGGGGUAUGGGAUUACGUUGCAUUUGGAUAGUAAGACGCGGAGCGAGGUGGAUGAGUUUUCGACGAGUGCGUUUAUCGGGGUUAAAUAUGGGAAUGGGGGGGAGGAUGUGACGCUGGUCCAGCCGGAUAGUGAUAACGUGAUUGAUUCUGUGACUGCGGCGUCGGUGUUGGAGAUCGGGGAGAAGAUGCUCGGGUAUCAAGUGGAGAAGAGAAGUGUUAAGUAUGAGGAGAUACGGGAGUUUGAUGAGGUGGUUGCGGCGGGGACGGCGGCCGGGUUGGUUCCUGUGAGGAGUAUUACGAUGAAGAGUCGGGGGGAGAAGUGGGGGUUUGAGUGUGGGGAUGGUGGUGGUGAUGGUGGAAAGGGGGAGGGAGGGCCGGUGUGUAGGAGGUUGAUGGGGUUGUUGCAGGGGAUUCAGACCGGGGAGGUGGAGGAUGUGUUUGGGUGGAAUUGGGAGAUUAGGGAGGUGGAGGGGAUGAUGGGGAGGGAGAAUGAGGGUGUUGGUGAGGGGGAGGAGAAUGGGGUUAAUGUGCCUUAG